AUGAGCUCCAUAUCCUCUGCGGGCCCGUACGGCUAUCAACCGUCCAUUAAUAGCGCGCGGGAAUCGCUGGCUAUGAACGAGUGGGCCCGUAGCGGGACGAUGCCGUCUAGGUCGAACUCCCUUCACUCUCGUGGUUCCUCGGCUCGCAGCCAGCCGCGUAGUCGCUCUACGCACAGGCGUCCUCCUCUGGCGCCGUCCGCGUUCUCACACUACCCUCAAUCGUCGCGCAGCUCGCAGAGGACGCCAUCGUACUACUCGGACUCGUCCGUCGGGUCGAGUGUGUCACAGCGGACAGCUCGUCCGCCUCUUCCGCCCUCCUCGGUGUACGGACAGGUGCCGCAAGAAGAGUACAGCGGCUACCCGCAGUACCCGAGUUACGAGCCUAGCAUCGCAAGCUAUCAACCCAGCCUUGGAUCGGGCUCGGAAAGGCAGCUCAUCCAGCAGCGUCCAGGCUUCAUCCCUGCGCAUAUGGUCGCUCCUUACGGCGACAUGCCCAUGCCCGCGCCGCAGAUGCUAAGCCACGCUCCUUCGUCCAUCGGGUAUCCUGCGUCAGUCAAGUCUGCCAAGAAGGGCUUCAUGGGCAACAUCAAGAACCCGUUCAAAAGGAGGGACGAUCUUGUCAUGGAGCAUAACACCCACAUCAUGCAUUGGGACACGCCGCACUCGGCGGGUAUGGCGGUUCACGUCUCGCAUAAGAUGAGGGGGAGGGGCCCGUAUGGUAAUAUGCAGGCUUCCUUUUCUAUGUCGUGUGUCUACGAAGGGUAG